AUGGAACUCUCGUCACUCUCACCACUAUUCUACUUCCUCAUAGCAAGCCUGCUCACCAUAACCGGUCUUAAAAGACGCCGGCAAACCCGAGUUCUACUCUUGGGGCCCAUCUGGCUAUUCUCGCUCAUGGCAUUGACCUCAUCCCACAGGCUGGCUUUGAUGACUGGGGCCGAUAGCGUUUUUGCAAGUCUGGUGGUGUUCUAUCUGCUCUACGCGCCAAAGACGCUUGUUUUUGAUCAGCAUACUGUUACUCCGGAGCUGAACGAUGCCCAUGCCAGCUUCAUCGACUGUUAUCGGGUAUGGAACAAUCCUCGACAACUACCAUUACAAUUACAGCAUGAAGGAAAGACUCCCAACACUCCCUCCAAGUCUCGAGCCCUUUUCUGCCUCGGCCAGUUAAUCAAGGCAGCGGCGCUGUGGGCAUUCGAGUACUUCAUCUUCCAGAAGGUCCUCGUAUAUGCCCUCUCGCCAGUUACUAUCAGCGACUUCGCACCUGAAAUGGAAACCGUCUUGUUCCACCGGCUAUCGCUCCACCAAAUGCGAGUCCGCGCCAUCAUUUCCGUGCAGUGGAUCUGGCGAGCGUACUUUUUUCUCGAAUUCUAUCAUUCGCUGUUAGCCGUCGUCUUUGUGGGCAUUCUGCGCUUCGACUCUCCGGGCGAGUGGCCGUCCCUCUUUGGGAGCCUGUUGGAAGCGUAUACCAUAAGACGGUUUUGGGGCCGGUUCUGGCAUAGAUUGACGAUUCCGACGUACGUGUUUUAUGCGCGGCUUGCCUCGAGGCAGAUGGUGCAGCCAGGCUCGCGCUGGCGGAAGGGGCUAACCGCGCUGCUUGUAUUCACGAUCUCCGGGCUCUCGCACGCGUUGGUUGGGUGGGCGUUGGGGGAUGCGGCGCUGUGUAGGGAUAUUCUGUUCUUUGAGAUGUGUUUCCUCGCUGCUGCGGGGGAGACGCUGGUGUCUAAGAUAAGAAUGAAGGAACAGAGCAUCUUCAGACGGACCUUGUCGCCACUGUUUUGCCGGGUUUCAGGUAUGGUGUGGGUGUUUGUAUUCUUUUUCUGUGUAGUUCCAAUGUGGAUAUAUCCCAAGACCUACCACUAUCUAUUGAACCGGGAAGGAUGA